UUAUUAUAUAUUUACAUGUAUCGUUGAUGUGUAGAACAAUGGUCGUGAAAAGAAAACGGAUAUCACUAGCUCGUGACACCGAGAAGAGUAGGCUAGAUGAGUUCAUUCAAAUUUCGGGUUCUUCCUUAAUCGAUCUCCCAAACCGCAUACUUGUUCAAAUUCUCCUUGCUCUUCCCACUAAGAGCAUUGUUUUCUGCAAAUCCGUAUGCAAGAAAUGGCGCAAUCUGAUCUCGAAUGCUCAGUUCGCUAAAUUGCACUUUGCUCUUGCGAAGCCCCAAUUAUUGGUUCGGACUCUGGAUUCGAUUCGAAUUUCGAGAACUCUGUACUUGGUUGAGCCUGAUGUUCAAGAUGGUCCUGGUUUCGAUUUAGAUUGCUGCUCGUGUCGGUGGAAAGAGAACGAUAACAGUUAUUGUCACAUAGAACUGGAUGCCAAGUUGAAGAUCCCACUGCGCAAUGCCGAAAGUGUUCCAAAAACCCAAGAUGAUUUUGACUCGAAGCACAAGAAGCGUUGCCUUAAUUUGAAGCCAAAGGAUCAUAAGUACAAGAUUGUGAAUUCUUGCAAUGGGUUGCUUUGCUUGUCUGAGCCGUCGCGCAAUGAUCCCAUUGCGGUUUGUAAUCCAGUAACCGGAGAGUUCGUAGACCUUCCACCGAGUACUUGUGAUGACGAAGAUCUCAACGGUGGCAUUGAUUGUGGAUUGGGAUUCAGUCCAAAAAGUGGUCAAUACAAGGUCAUUAGAGUUUAUCAGAGGAACACUUACGUUACACGUCCUGAGAAUCAUUAUGAUACCUCUUUCAAUUAUACCAACUCAUUUGCAGUGGUACACACUCUUGGGACAGAUUCAUGGCGUAGUGUUGAUCAUGCUCCUCAGUCAUCUUACAAGCUUGGAUUUCCUACCUAUCUUAAGGGAGUUCUCUAUGGGCUAUAUGUCAGACAUGGGGGACGAAAUUAUAUAAUUUCUUUUAAUUUCGACAAUGAGCAAUUUGAGCUACUCGAUCUUCCACCUGAAUGUUGGGACACAUGGAGGAAUAUGAGCAUGGGAGUUUUACGGGGUGAUCUUUGCAUAUGCGAUGGUUCUGAUCUUUCCAUGAAGAUUUGGGUACUGAAAAGAUUUAGCACUGUUAAAAAAUUCUGGAAGAAAUUGAUUUCCAUGCACUGUGAUUGGCCAUAUGGUUUAUAUCAACCUAUUCAUUACUUCAAUUCUGGAGAUCUUUUGAUGUUUCGUAACAAUACGAGUGGAUUGAUCUACUCUAACUCAAAUGGCUUCAUAAACAAAUAUCUUGGGCUUUGUGGCCUUAAAUCGAGGUACGAAGUCAUAGUUCACAUUCCGAGCUUUAUUUCCCUCAAGGACAUUGUGGCAGAAAACAGUAAUGUUGAGAUUCUUAAUGUCAAUACAAGAUGUGGGAAGUUGAAACUGCCAGGAGAGACUAAAGCCCUCUUUUUGGAGGGACAAGAUGAACUAGAUGGGUAUCUUGACCACUCUUCUUACGAAGUUGAAGAAGACUACUGGACUAAGUACUUGUGGAGGAAGCAUUGAUGCAAUCUUUCUAGUGUGCUUGAAAGUCUAGGUGAAUAGAAGCUGAUGUUUAGAGUGGAAAUACCUUUAUUUUCCUUCUAUCUUUUUGUCAUUUUGGAGAUAUAUGCUGUGGAUUUCCCCCUCAGAAUGGCUUGAAUUUUGUACUUUCUUAGAAUCUCAACACUUGUUUUGUUGGAUGUAAUUGACGCUGGUUUGUUGUAAGUGUAGUUUCACAUGAGAAAUUACUUGCAAUGUUUUAUGCCAAAUAUUUUGACAAGUCACUUUUUCAGAACUCGAAUAGACGUGCUUAUCUAGUUUAAUUGUAAAUCAAAUGUGUGUUAGAUGAUAUAGUUAGUCUUGUUUUGUUUUACCAGUUACUUCUCUUAACUGUUUGUAACAGUAUUCAGUUGUAACUCACUUGAGCUGUUAUGUUUUGGUUGUAACUGACUUUGUGUAUCAUAUUUUCUA